AUGGCGUACAUCGCACCUAUUCACAAGCCGAGCAGUGUCCGCCACGCGCUCAAGCUCAACUUCUUGAGCGCUGCUGAGGAUUGCCUGGUAGUCGCUAAAGCGAACCGACUUGAGUUUUACUCUCAGACUGACGAUGGUUUAGCUCUACAGCACCAGAAGGCCAUCUAUGGCAAGGUCACUAUGCUCCAAAAGCUCCGCCCGGCGCUAUCACAGACCGACCACCUCUUCGUUGGGACUGACCGGUUCACGUACUUCACCUUGUCAUGGGACCCCGAGAAAAACCAACUGCAUACUGAGAAGUCCUUCGAAAGCGUCGCUGAUAAUGCUGCGAGAGAGUCACAAACGGGCGAGAGGUGCCAUGUGGAUCCCACCGGCCGCCUCAUGACUGUCGAAGUGUACGAGGGCAUCAUUACAGUCAUACCAUUGGUACAGAGGGGCAAGAAGAGAAAGCAAAUUGGACAGUCAGAUAUUGCUCAUCUCGGGGAGCCCGUGCCUGUCCGAUUAUCAGAGAUGUUCAUCCGCUCAUCUGCCUUCUUGAACCCUACCUCUGUCGACGACAACCCGAAGAUCGCAUUACUGUACGAGGACACACACUCUCAUGUCAAGCUCAAGGUUCGUGAAGUAAAGCAUAGCGGUGAUGAGAUCGAGCUAGAGGAUGGAGACGUGUGCAAAGCGGACAUGGAGCUAGGCGCCAGCCAUCUGAUACCCGUGGACCUGCCUUCUCAGGGCCUGAUAGUAAUUGGCGAGACUUCUAUCGGAUAUUACAACGCUGAGACUGGCGAGCUACAAGUCGAACCUCUGGAAGAAGCCACAAUAUUCGUAGCUUGGGAAAAGAUCGACUCGCAACGCUUCGUGCUCGCGGACGACUACGGACGCCUAUAUCUUUUCAUGCUCAUACUAGGCGAAGAAAAUCAAGUCCAGUCAUGGAAACUCGACGUCAUCGGUCAAACGUCACGAGCGUCGGUGCUGGUCUACUUAGACGCCGGAAACGUUUUUGUUGGCUCACAUCAAGGUGAUUCUCAGGUCAUCAAAAUCAUAGAAAAGUCGAUGGAAACUGUACAGACUUUCUCGAAUAUUGCUCCUGUACUCGACUUUACGAUCAUGGAUAUGGGCAACAGAUCAGGCGAGGGCCAAACAAACGAGUACUCUUCUGGCCAGGCUCGGAUAGUCACUGGCAGCGGCGCCUAUCAGGACGGCAGUCUGCGCAGUGUCCGCAGCGGUGUAGGUCUGGAAGAUGUUGGCCUGCUUGGCGAGAUGGAGCACAUCUCCAAUCUUUUCAGUUUGAAGUCGAACCCUUCCUCCGAUUUUGCUGAUACCCUUCUGGUCACCUUUGUCGAUGAGUCGCGUGUCUUUAGGUUCGAUUCUCAAGGCGAGGUCGAGGAGGUUGAGGACUUCGCUUCACUUGCAUUGGACGAGACCACUCUUGUAGCGGCUAAUAUCUCCCAAGGGAGGUUGGUGCAAGUCACAAACGGACGAGCACGCAUAUGCGAUCUUGAUGGUGGCAUGGUGGUGUCGGAAUGGAUGCCUUUUGGUGGCCAGCAGAUUACUGCAGCUGCUAUCAAUGACACCCAUUUAUUGGUUUCGCUGGGUGGUGUCACAGUCGUAUCUCUGACUUUGUUGGCUCCCCCACGCCGGGUUGGGCCAUCAAUGGCAGACGGUGGCCUACAGGUCAUCAGGGAGAGAACCUUCGGGACGGAGAGUCAGGUUGCGUGCGUGGCGCUACCAGCUGGCACCAGCUCUGUGUGCUUCAUCGGUUUCUGGAAGGAGUCUGGCCUGGCCAUCUGCUCUCUGGACACGCUUGAGGCUGUCAAGACAGUACAGAUUUCGGAAGACUCGGUUCCGCGCUCGUUGCUUCUUACGCAGAUUUUCCACGACCAAGCACCUACCUUGUUCGCUGCUCUGGCGGAUGGCAAUGUUGUGACCUAUUCAUUCGACCCAUCGACAAACGAGUUGUCUGGCCGGAAGAGUAUCGUACUAGGAACCCGCGAGGCCACCUUCCGCGCUCUACCUCGCAGUGGCAAUCUGUUCAAUGUGUUCGCGACGUGCGAGCACCCUUCGCUGAUUUAUGGAUCUGAAGGGCGUUUAGUUUACUCCGCCGUCACCGCAGAAAAAGCAACGACUGUGUGUCCAUUUGACUCAGAAGCAUACCCUGGGUCUGUUGCCAUUGCCACAUCAGGAGACCUCAGAAUUUCCCUUAUCGACACCGAGCGUACUACACAUAUCCAGACACUCAAGGUUGACGAGACCGUUCGCCGGAUAGCAUACUCACCAAGCCUCAAAGCCUUUGGUCUUGGCACAAUUAAGCGUAUCCUUAAAGGCGGAGAGGAGUUCAUGAUCAGCCACUUUAAACUUGUUGAUGAGAUCCAAUUCAAGGAGCUCGAUAACUAUCCCCUCAAUGAGGACGAGCUACUCGAAUGCGUCAUACGCUGCACCCUCCCCGACGGCUCCGGCGGAACAGCCGAGCGCUUCAUACUUGGCACGGCAUAUCUAGACGACCAGCAAGCAACAGAAGAGCGCGGUCGCAUCCUUGUCCUGGAAGUUACACCCGAGCGUUCACUCAAGCUUGUCACCUCCCUCGCCGUCAAAGGGGGAUGCCGAUGUCUAGCGAUUUGUGAAGGCAAGAUAGUUGCCGCGCUAAUAAAGACCAUCGUAGUGUACAACGUCGAGUUCCGCACGCAAUCAAAACCGGAACUUGUGAAAGCAGCAACAUUCCGUUGCUCAACAGCACCUAUCGACAUCACCGUCAAUGGCAACGUUAUUGCGAUAGCAGACCUGAUGAAGUCCCUUGUGGUGAUUGAAUACAAGUCUGGCGAAGAUGGUCUUAGCGACAAAAUGACAGAGGUCGCGAGGCACUACCAGACGACCUGGGCUACAGCGGUAGCUGAAGUGGACACGAAUACAUAUCUAGAAAGCGACGCGGAGGGUAACUUGGCAGUGCUGAUCCGCAAUCCUGAGGGCGUGACGGACGAUGAUAAGAAGCGACUACAAACCACAUCUGAGAUUCUCCUCGGUGAGAUGGUGAACAGGAUAAGACGCAUAGAUGUCGUUGCACAGCCGGACGCUGUAGUUUUGCCGCGCGCAUUCAUGGGAACGGUCGAGGGCUCAAUCUAUCUCUUUGGCCUCAUUCAGCCCGCCUACCUUGACCUCCUCAUCACAUUGCAAAGCAAUCUCGGCACAAUUGUUCCCUCGCCCGGCGACAUGAGCUUUGCUCAAUAUCGAGCUUUCAAAAACCAGGUCAGGGAGAGCGAGGAGCCGUACCGCUUUGUUGAUGGUGAGCUGGUGGAGAAGUUCCUGGAUCUGAGCGAAGAUCAGCAAACAGAGGCGUGCAAAGGGCUUGGGCGAGACAUUGAAGAGAUCAAAGGGCUGGUCGAGGAAUUGAGGCGGUUGCAUUAG